CUCCAGUGCUCCAGUCGUGCCAGAACCACCAAGGUGUACGGACGUUUGUCGUCUUGCGUCGCGUUCCAAAGUGUCGUGUAUGCAUACGCGCGAUUAGUGAUACUUCGUGACCAUACCAAGUCACGCGUUUUCAAUAUUAUUACAACUUCGUGAAUAUUUAUCGCGAUUCGAUCAAGUAAGCGUUCAAAUUCUGUGUAUAAAAAGAUCGCGGUAUCUGUGACACGUAUGUACGCGAACAACUGACGAGGCUAUCGCCAACAUUUUCGUAUUUUUUCGUGCAUCAAAGAAGAAGUAUCGUCAACGCAUUGAAAUAUUUCGAGCAAGUGUUCCGGCAUUCUUAAACCGGUGCGAUACCGCCUCGGAAACGAUUUCAAUCGGCGACGUGAAGUGCACUGGAAGUGUUGGGGAACGGUACAGGCGGCGAGGACGUGUAGCCAUGAAUAAUUCACUCGGUUGAAAGGCUGAAUUCUCCCCGACUUCGAGGUUGCCUGAGAGCCGAAAAACAACAGCUUCAAGAUGGGCGAGAUCCUUGGCUCGGCGAGCUUCCUUCACCUCGGUGAUAUCGUCAGCCUCUACGCCGAAGGAAGCGUAUCGGGAUUUCUUUCCACCCUCGGAUUAGUGGACGACAGGUGCGUGGUAUGUCCCGAGGCAGGAGAUUUAUCAAAUCCACCGAAGAAGUUCCGAGAUUGUCUCUUCAAAAUAUGUCCUAUGAAUCGUUAUUCCGCUCAGAAGCAAUUCUGGAAGGCCGCAAAACAAAACGCAGGCGGUACAGAUGCUGUACUGUUAAAAAGACUGCACCAUGCCGCUGAAAUCGAGAAGAAACAGAACGAGACUGAAAAUAAGAAACUGCUUGGAAGCGUGGUAUCCUAUGGUAACGUCGUCCAGCUGCUACACCUCAAAUCCAACAAAUUCCUGACUGUCAACAAAAGGUUACCAGCUCUCCUCGAGAAGAACGCAAUGAGGGUGUAUUUAGAUGCAAACGGAAACGAGGGUUCCUGGCUCUACAUAAUGCCUUUCUACAAGCUCCGUAGCGACGGUGAUAGCGUGGUAGUCGGUGACAAAGUAAUCCUGGAGCCAGUUAAUGCUGGCAGACAAGGUCUCCAUGUAGCUGCCAACUAUGAACUCGGUGAUAAUCCAGGUUGCAAAGAAGUUAAUGUGGUCAAUUCAGCAACAUCUUGGAAGGUGACAUUGUUUAUGGAGCAUAGGGAAAAUCAGGAGGAGAUUUUAAAGGGUGGAGAUGUUGUUAGAUUAUUCCAUGCAGAGCAAGAAAAGUUUCUAACAAUGGACGAGUACAAGAAAAAACAGCAUGUGUUUUUAAGGACCACUGGGAGAACUAGUGCCACUGCUGCUACCAGUAGUAAAGCUUUAUGGGAGGUUGAAGUUGUCCAGCAUGAUCCAUGCAGAGGAGGAGCUGGCCACUGGAACUCUCUGUUUAGAUUCAAACAUCUAGCCACAGGGCAAUAUUUGGCUGCUGAAAUUGACACCGACGAACCACGUGAGACCACAAUAGGCAAGCGUGAUCCACCAGGACCAGUGUACAGACUAGUAUCAGUACCUCAUAGCAAUGAAAUUAGUUCUUUAUUCGAAUUGGACCCAACUACGUUAACGAGAGGGGACAGUUUGGUACCACAGUCGUCUUUUGUUAGAUUACACCAUAUAUGUACAAAUACUUGGGUCCAUUCGACGAGUGUACCGAUUGAUAAAGAUGAUGAGAAGCCAGUUAUGUCAAAGGUGGGCUGUGCUAUCAACAAAGAAGAUAAAGAAGCGUUUGCUCUGAGAUCCGUAUCUCCGGUAGAAGUAAGGGAUUUGGAUUUUGCGAAUGAUGCCUGCAAGGUGUUAGCCUCCAUAAGUAGUAAAUUAGAAAAGGGUACAAUUUCGCAUAACGAGAGGCGAGCUGUGAUGAGUCUACUGCAGGAUAUAGUGUACUUCAUAGCUGGUUUAGAAAAUGAACAGAACAAAUCUGAAGCUUUAGAUUUAGUUGUCGCAAACGCCGUGAGGGACCGACAGAAAUUAUUGCGAGAACAGUACAUACUUGGCCAGUUAUUUAAAAUACUUCAGGCUCCGUUCUUAGAGUCUGCCGAGGGCGAGGGACCAUUUCUUAGAAUAGAGGAGUUGAAUGAUCCAAGACACGCGCCAUAUAAAUAUAUGUUUCGUUUAUGCUAUCGAAUACUCAGGCUUUCCCAGCAAGAUUAUCGGAAAAAUCAGGAAUACAUAGCGAAACACUUUGCUUUCAUGCAAAAACAAAUUGGAUACGAUAUUUUGGCGGAAGACACCAUCACCGCACUUUUGCACAAUAAUAGAAAAUUGUUAGAGAAACAUAUAACGGCAGCGGAAAUUGAAACCUUUGUUGGUCUUGUUAGGAAGAAUAUGCAUAACUGGGAAUCGAGGUUUCUGGAUUAUUUGUCAGAUUUGUGUAUUUCUAAUAAGAAGGCGAUCGCAGUCACUCAAGAAUUAAUUUGUAAAAGUGUACUGAGUGAAAAGAAUAAAGAUAUACUAUUAGAAACUAGAAUGGUUAAAACUCAGGUCGAGGUGGAAGAAUUAGACGAGAAGCAAGAAAAUGAUGAACCAAGAAUUACUGUGAUGGAAGAAUUUGAAGUUUUUCUUACAUGGAAUAAUGGAACGAAGUCAAUGUCUUUAAGUGAAUUAUCGAGGGGCGCAAAGCUGGGGAAUGUUCAAGAUGCAGCGAUAUUGGAUUACUAUAGGCAUCAGUUAAAUCUCUUUAGCAAUAUGUGUUUAAAUAGACAGUAUUUAGCAUUGAAUAAUUUAUCACCGCAUUUGGAUAUUGGUCUGAUACUGAAGUGUAUGGAAGAUGAGACAGUGCCAUACGAGUUGCGAGCAUCAUUCUGUAGACUUAUGUUACAUCUCCACGUUGACAGAGACCCACAAGAACAAGUGACUCCAGUUAAAUAUGCUCGAUUAUGGUCUGAGAUUCCUUCGAAAAUGAGUAUUAAUGAUUAUGAUGCAAACAGAAUGAGAGAUCAGAAUAAGGAAGGUGUUCGCGCUAAAUUUAGCGCGACUAUUAUGUUUGUAGAAGAUUAUCUAUGCAAUGUCGUGGCAAAAAUGUGGUCUUUUGCGGAUCAAGAGCAGAAUAAACUGACGUUUGAAGUUGUGAAAUUAGCGCGUGAUUUAAUUUAUUUCGGAUUCUACAGUUUUAGCGAUCUCUUAAGACUAACGAAAACGUUGCUCAGUAUUUUGGACUGCAUUUCAGAAAAUGACUCAGCUGACGGAAAGAUUCCAACUGGUGAAAUUGAUUCUGAUUCUGUGGAUUCUAAGGAAGCAGCUGAAGGUGGAGUAUUAAGAUGUAUUGGAGACAUGGGAGCAGUGAUGACAAGUUUGACAUUGGGACCAGCUGGACAAGUAUUAGCUGGCAAUUCUUCACCAAGACCAAAGCCGCUCCUGAAGAAAGAAUACCCUUUGGUGAUGGAUACAAAACUGAAGAUAAUUGAAAUUUUACAAUUUAUACUCGAUGUUCGAUUAGACUAUAGGAUUUCUUGUUUAUUGAGCAUUUUUAAACAAGAAUUUGAUGAAACUGAAAGAGCCUCAGGUGAUCUAAGUCUUGGCCAGAAAACCAUAGACUUGGAAUUAAUAGGCACACAAGCAGAGGGUAUAUUUGGUAGCAGUGAAGAAUGCGUGGCAUUAGAUUUGGAUGGGCAAGGUGGUAAAACAUUUUUGCGUGUUCUAUUACACUUGGCAAUGCACGAUUAUCCACCGUUAGUCUCUGGAGCACUGCAUCUACUUUUUAGACAUUUUAGUCAAAGACAAGAGGUUUUACAAGCUUUUAAACAAGUACAACUGUUAGUUUCUGACAGUGAUGUUGAAUCUUAUAAACAAAUAAAAUCAGAUUUAGAUGUGUUACGGCAGUCCGUUGAAAAAUCUGAGCUUUGGGUGUACAAAUCUAGGGCAACAGAAGAACAUGGCGGUAAAAAGAAGAAAAGUAAAGAGGAAGAAGACGAUGGAGCUACACCUCGCAAAGCACCACCACAACUAUCCACAACUAAUAAGAAAGGGUCUGCAAUAGAUUUAGACAUUGGUCCUCCAUUGCACGCAGACCAGGCAGAAGAAUAUAAAAAGAUACAACAAAUUUUAAUUCGUAUGAAUAAAUUAUGCAUACAGACGAUUGGUGGUCAAAUAAAACCACGAAAACACGAACAAAGACUUCUACGAAACGUCGGUGUACAUACUGUUGUCUUAGAUUUAUUACAAGUACCAUUUGACACUAAAGAAGAUGUUCGAAUGAACGAGUUAAUGCGAUUAGCACACGAUUUUCUUCAGAACUUCUGCUUAGGCAAUCAACAGAACCAGGUUCUGUUGCAUAAACAAUUGGAUUUGUUUUUAAAUCCCGGUAUAAGGGAGGCUCAAACAGUGUGCAGUAUUUUCCAAGACAAUUCAACACUGUGCAAUGAAGUAAAUGCCAAGGUGAUACAACACUUUGUGCAUUGCAUAGAAACUCAUGGAAAACACGUGCAAUAUUUAAAAUUCCUUCAAACUAUAGUAAAAGCUGAAAAUCAAUUUAUUAGAAAAUGUCAAGAAAUGGUUAUGCAAGAAUUGGUUCAAGCUGGUGAAGAUGUUCUAGUAUUUUAUAACGAUCGAUCAUCUUUCAAUCACUUUGUGGAGAUGAUGCGAUCUGAAAGACAUAGGAUGGACGAAAGUAGUCCUCUCAAGUACCAUGUAGAGUUGGUUAAAUUAUUAGCUUGUUGCACAAUGGGGAAGAAUGUUAAUACCGAAAUCAAGUGUCAUAGUCUUUUACCAUUAGAUGAUAUCGUUGCUAUGGUGUCACAUCCAGAUUGUAUACCAGAAGUGAAAGAAGCAUAUAUCAAUUUUCUCAAUCAUUGUUACAUUGAUACAGAAGUUGAAAUGAAAGAAAUUUAUACUUCAAAUCAUAUGUGGUCCUUGUUUGAAAAAUCUUUUAUCGUAGACAUGGGUAUAAUAGCAACAGCUACCCACGAUCGUGAACACGCUGAUAUCGCUCUAGAAAAUUAUGUGACAGGUUGUCUAAUGAAUAUCAUUACGACGUUCUUUAGCAGCCCAUUCUCAGAUCAAAGUACUACAGUGCAGAAACAUCUUCACGAGGCUAGACUUUAUUGGAGCAUCAAGGAGAGUGACCGGAAUACUGAUAAUAAUCUUACUGGCUAUACACGGCAGCCGAUUUUCGUUCAGUUGCUUCAUGCAGGUUUUAAAGUUUCACAAUGUUCAUGGCUAAAUGCCGGUCAAAGAUUCAAUGUGGAAAAUUGUAUACGAACAUUGUCAGAAGUAGCCAAAGGCAGAGGUAUAGCUAUACCAACAGACUUGGAAAGUCAAGUUGCUUCUAUGUUCAAUAAAGCUGCAAUGCUUAGUAGACAAACAAGUAAAUGGCUUCAGGCUGCAAAACAACCAAAAAUAGAACGCACACAAAGUCAGAGUGAUUUAAUUUGUGAGGAAGAUAGUAAAACUGAGCUAAUGCGUUUGGAUCGCAGUAUCAUAGAAGGCUUACAAGAUAUAGUAUCAUUAUUGGAAGAGCAAUUGAAACCACUAGUUCAAUCAGAAUUGUCCUUAUUAGUGGACAUACUCUACCGACCAGAAUUACUGUUUCCAGCAGCGAGUGAUGCUAGAAAAAGAUGCGAAAAUGGUGGAUUUAUAAAAAGAUUAAUCAAGCAUACCGAAAAAUUACUAGAAGAGAAAGAAGAGAAAUUAUGCGUGAAGGUGUUGAGAACACUCAGGGAAAUGAUGGCUAUUGAUCCUGAAUAUGGAGAAAAAAUCGAAGGUGUCUCGGAAGAAGAAGAAACCGAACAGAAGAACGAGUCACAAAGUGGAACAGGCUCUGUUGAUGAGCCUGAACCUCGUCAAAUGACUCAACAAGAGCGGGGAGAUGCAUUAAGACACAAUCUCUUGACUCGCUACUUUGGGAAAUCUUUUAUUCAGAAACCAGAAAACAUAGAAAUUGGAGUUUCUCAUAUAGCUCCAAUCACUCAUGGACCAGGAGCCAAACUGUUAAGUCGUGCAGGCCGCACGCUGCAUGAAAUUCAGAGUCAUCUUGACCGUGAAGGCGCAUCAGAUUUAGUAGUGGAAUUAGUAAUUAAGAGCGUACACUCUCCAAGUAUAUUCGUAGAAGCUAUAGAACUUGGUAUUGCACUAUUAGAAGGAGGAAAUCCUAUUAUACAGAAGAGCGUGUUCAAUAAAUUGAUGGGUGGCGAUUUGAGUCAAUCAUUUUUCAAAGUAUUUUAUGACAAGAUGAAAGAUUCACAGCAGGAAAUUAAAUCUACGGUUUCGGUAAACACUUCAGACAUAGCAGCUAAGGCUCAUGAAGACAAGGAGCAGAGCAAGGAAAUGGAGAAAAUAUCAAAGAAACGUACUUCAGGAAAACCUAAUGGAAUUGUGAUAACAGAUGAAUUGAGAGAAGAAUUAAAUCAAGCAGCAUCGUCUACUGUUCAAGCAUAUGCAAAUGUGCGAAAUCUUGCAUCCGGUGAAGAUGCAACGAACAAUGCAGCCCUUGGAAAUGCAUUGGAAGAUAUGAUAGCUGAAAAAUUGGAGAGGCAUCGUGGUGGAACGACAGAAAGGGACGAGGGGCAGUUGAGUAUAAAAGUUUUAGUAAUGCAACCGAUAUUACGUUUUCUGCAACUAUUGUGUGAAAACCACAAUCGUGAUUUACAGAAUUUCCUGCGUAAUCAAAAUAACAAGACCAACUUUAAUUUAGUAUCUGAAACGCUCAUGUUCUUGGACUGCAUCUGUGGUUCAACUACUGGUGGAUUAGGCUUAUUAGGAUUGUACAUAAAUGAGCAGAAUGUUGCGUUAAUUAAUCAGACUUUGGAGACAUUGACGGAGUACUGUCAAGGGCCAUGCCACGAUAAUCAGAAUUGUAUCGCGACUCACGAAUCCAAUGGAUUAGAUAUAAUAACUGCCUUAAUUUUGAACGAUAUCAAUCCUUUGGGAAAAACUAGGAUGGAUUUAGUAUUAGAGUUGAAGAAUAACGCUAGUAAAUUAUUACUAGCUAUAAUGGAGAGCAGAGGUGAUAGUGAGAACGCAGAGAGGAUUAUGUAUAACAUGAAUCCAAAGCAAUUAGUCGAUGUUGCAUGUCGAGCAUUUCAUCAAGAAUCCUUGGAUGAUGAUGGUGAUAUUGAUGAUUCCUCGACGGAUGGUGAAGAAGGAGUAUCACCCAAAGAAGUUGGACACAAUAUCUACAUUUUAUGCCACCAAUUAGCACAACACAAUAAAGAGUUGGCGUCGAUGUUGAAGCCUUCUGAACUAAGCAAUGCAGAUCCAAAAGUUAACAAAGCAUUGCAAUACUAUGCAACUCAUACAGCUCAGAUAGAGAUUGUUAGAAAUGACAGAACACUGGAACAGAUUGUGUUCCCAAUUCCUGAAAUCUGUGAACUUAUUACUCUAGACACAAAGAUCAAAGUAUUACACACUACAGAACGCGAUGAUCAGGGAUCAAAAGUUUCUGAUUUCUUUGAAAGAACAGAGGAUAUGUUCAAUGAAAUGAAGUGGCAGAAGAAACUUAGGGGACAACCAGUACUAUUUUGGAUGAGUAGUUACAUGUCUUUAUGGAGCAAUAUUUUAUUUAACUGUGCAGUACUCAUAAACCUUAUUGUAGCUUUUUUUUACCCAUUUGUGGAUUCUGUGCCUAAAUUAAGUUCACACCUGUCCGCUCUCAUUUGGACAGUAAUGCUUUCAUCAGGUGUUAUCGUCAUUACGCUACCAAGGGAAUCUGGUAUAAGAACUCUGGUAGCUUCAACAAUACUACGAUUAAUAUUUUCUAUAGGACCGGAACCAACGUUAUGGUUGCUCGGUUUUGUUACGGUUGUAUUAAAAGUUGUACAUCUAAUAAGCAUUAUAGGUAAUCAAGGCACAUUGACGAAAAGCUUAGAACAAAUAGUGACGAACGUUGAACUUCUGUAUCAUAUAUCGUACCUUAUAUUUUGUGUUCUUGGAAUUUGUAUGCAUCCAUUUUUCUACUCAGUUUUACUGUUUGACGUAGUAUAUCGGGAAGAAACGUUGCUCAAUGUAAUCAGAUCUGUUACAAGAAAUGGAAGAUCCAUUAUACUCACUGCUGUAUUGGCAUUAAUUUUAGUUUACAUGUUUUCUAUCAUUGGAUUCAUGUUCUUUAAAGAUGACUUCUUAGUGACUGUUGAUGAAGAUAUUGUGUCAUCAUAUACCAAAGGAAGCACAGAAACGUGUGAUGCUGCGGGUAGUGAAAAAUGCGAGGCAACAGAAACUGUAUCUCGGUAUAUUCGCGAAGUUAACGAAAAGGAUAGUCGAGCAGAAGUAAUUAAUAUUGGUGGAGAACUAAAGGAACGAGCAUGCGAUUCACUGGUGAUGUGUAUCGUCACAACCUUAAACCAAGGUUUAAGAAAUGGCGGUGGCAUUGGAGAUAUUUUACGAGCACCUUCCAGUACUGAACCCUUGUUUGUUGCUAGAGUUGUGUACGACUUACUAUUCUUCUUCAUUGUAAUAAUUAUUGUUCUGAAUCUCAUCUUUGGUGUUAUCAUUGAUACAUUUGCUGAUCUUAGAUCAGAGAAACAGCAAAAAGAAUUGAUUUUGAAGAACACUUGCUUUAUUUGCGGACUAAAUAGAUCAUCCUUUGAUAAUAAGACGGUGUCGUUCGAGGAGCACGUUAAACACGAACACAAUAUGUGGCAUUAUCUGUAUUUCAUCGUUUUAGUGAAAGUGAAAGAUCCCACUGAAUUUACAGGGCCUGAGUCUUACGUGUACGCAAUGGUGAAGGACCGGAAUCUUGAUUGGUUUCCAAGAUUAAGGGCCAAGUCAUUAGCAGCUGACGAGGGUGAGGGUGAACAAGUAGAAUUAAGAAGCUUACAGUCUCAGUUGGAAUCCACGCAAUGUUUGGUGAAAUGUUUAUCACAACAACUUACCGAGCUUCGUGAUCAGAUGACGGAGCAACGAAAGCAGAAGCAACGGUUGGGCCUUUUGAAUUCUGCGACCGCAUUUUUACAGACCGUACCGACGUAAAUAAGUACAUUUGAAGAAUUUAUUUUUAAUCAUCCACGAAUCUCAAUUUGAUACUCCGAUGUAAUAUUUAAUGGAUAAGUUUGUGUGUUCUUAAGAAGCAUUUAAAGACACCCGGGAAAGAAGUAUCAUGAAAAUAACACAAUGCAUUUGUGUAGGUCUGUUCCUAAUUUCAGAGUAAAUAAUUUUCAUAUGAUAAUAAGAAUUGAUUUUACUAAGAAUAACAUUAAUUUUGCUUGUUUUAUAUUAGAUAGAGAAAUCACAUUGUAAAUUGUGUUAGUCUUGUCACUUUUAGUCUUGUCUAAAUAAGUUUAGUUGGUACGUGUUACUUAACUUUUAACGAUUGUGCAAAAUUCAGUAGUACCAUGGUAAUUUUAAUCUUUAUGCGAAUAAGCAACCGAAUGCGCGCAUGAAAGUAUGAUAUACUAUGAAUGUAACAUAUCUGAAGUUCUUAUUGAGGUUUUAAUAUUUCUGCAGCCUGUUUAAAACAGGUCUUUAAGAAUGUUGAAGCUUUUAUCCAUGUAAUGGAUUUGUAAAAUAAAUGUCUGAUAUUUCACUUGAUACAUUAGUAAGUUCGUUCCGUUCGUUGUGUCUAUAGUCUUUUACGUUUGUAAAAUAGGCAUAAUCUUACAGUAAUCACAUUAUUUACUCAUAUUUUAAUUGGUGAUAAUAAUUGAAUUUAGAUAUGUAAAUCGCGUGCGUGUAAGUUUUACAAAAAAUCAGAUUAGAUAUUGAGAAUUUGUUUUAUUACUUUCUUUCAAUAUUAGGAUAUGUAUAUUACAAAGAAAUUAUCUAUUUGUUUAUAAAUUCUUAAACAGUUGGGUAUUAUCCAAUUACCUCAUGAAUGAAAAAAGCAACAGAGAAUAAGUGGAAGAGCGAUUCAUAAUUAAAUGUUAUAGAAUUUUACAGUUGUCUAUUUUCCUGAUGUCUGAUGCCAGUAGAUAGAUAAACCGCGGAUAGAGCAAAAUGAAGAAAGAAUGUGGAUACGCGAUUCAGAUCCUUAUAUCAUUAAUCGUAGAUAUUUAUAGUAAAUCAAUGUCAAUAAAUAUCGUUAUUUAGUUCUAUGCAAAUAGGCGAACAUUAAGAGAUAAUCUUUAUAUGUAUUUGAAGUAUAUUCAAUGGAAAUAUAUUUAAGCUGUUAUUCACUAUGCACCAGAAAACAUUCUUGAGCAUCGUAGAGGAUUAUGCUUUUUAUUCAUUGAAAUAUAUCUUCCACCAACAUGUUGAUCUUAAAUGAUGUUCAACAUCCUUGUCUCUCUUUCUGUAACAUUUAUACAUAUAUAAAUUUUUGUUUUUAA